AUGGCAGCUGCUACUACGGUUGAUUGGGACGCGGUCUUCUCCUCGGACACCGAGGAUGAGGCCGCUGGACGUGCCAAGGUCGAGAAGAAAAUGGGCUUGGCAAGGCAGCAGAAGGAGAGCGGGAAUGCCAUGAUGAAGGCAGGAAAGGUUACCGAGGCAGAGGCCCUUUACCGGAAAUCUCUCUCUGCCAUCUGGGCACUUUACCGCCAAAGGAAGGAUGCCGAUGCAGUGGCAUUGGGCGUUGCGGUGGAUCUGAAUUUGGCCUUCUGCUAUUUGAAGCUGGCACGCUGGGAAGCAGCAAAACGAUCUGCCACGAGGGCUUUGGAAGUGGAGCCCGAAAAUCCCAAGGGCCUAUACCGCCGCGGCGUGGCUUCGGCCCGGCUGGAUCUGUUGGAUGCGGCGCAUGAGGAUUUAACAAAAGCCUGGAAUCUACAGCCUUCGGCAGACGUGCAGCAGGAGCUGCAAAGUGUCCGUGAGCGCCGUGGGGACAAAGCCACCCCGCGCGGGUUCUUGAAGGACAAGGCAGAGCCGGAGCCCAAGGCAGAGCCCAAGGCAGAGCCCCCGGCAGAGCCCCCGGCAGAGCCCCGAGCAGAUCCCCCGGCGGAACCCUCGGAGGCUGAGAGCGACUGGGCGGUCACAGAGCAAGUCCAAGAGGCCCUCUGUGAGGCCUUGGAUUUGCUUUCUGCAAUCAGCGGGCGGCGCAUAGCGUGCCGAUCCCAAGCCGAGAUCAAAGCGCUUGGCCGCCAGCUCGAGGAGCUGGCGGAGCUCGUGCCAAAGGCCCGGGCGGCCAUUGCCCAAGCGAUCACGGUGCCGGCACCUGAGGGCUUGGAGCCCAAGAAUUGCUGUGAGCUCCUUGAGCGAAUGUCUGAGGGUCUGGUGGGCUUCCGGCCCUUCUUCGAGUUGCAGGAGCGCCGGCCUGGUGAGUUCCAGAACUUGCGCGUGUGCCGCCAGCUCGGCACGGAGACCAAAGAGUCCAGGGGGAAAUCUGGGAAAUCGGGGAAAUGGCCUCGCAGCUUUGAUGUGGAGCUCAUUCGCUGGGGUGAGGCGGCGACUGCCACUCCCCAGGACUUCGCCGAGGCAUUGUUUCCACCCAGCGGCAAGCCACCCAGCAAAGCUGCUGCAGCCUGGCAGCUGGAGGUUUUCCACCGAAUCUUCCAGAAAGAUGCCAGCAACUACGUGGCGGGCGCAGUUUGGCUGAUACUACGGGAGGCUUUGCAACGAAGAGUCAGGCUUCUGGUGCAGGACCAGGCAGUUGUGGAAGUGGGCCUGGCCCAGGGCAUGUUCUUCCAGCCGCCACCGCCACAUGGCCCGACAGCAGACACUGUCGAGGAUCGAGCCGUCGCCGGGCAAGCAGACGCCCUGGCCAUCUGCACAGGGGAGGACCGGCGCUUGUUCCUGGUGCCCUCCUUCACCACACUCGGUGUCCCCCAUCGCUGGCUGCUCCUGCGGGUGGCCGGCUCGGAGCAAGAGCAGGCAGAGCAGCCGGAGCACCCGAAGCAGCCCGAACGUGUGGUCGCCGUUGACCUUUGCUGUGGAGCCUUGGGGUUGCUUGGGGACGGCACGCCUGCAAUCGUCAGUCCCAUCCGUGUGUGGGAGCAUGGCAGUGACCAGCGAUACGUUGUACGUCGCUCUGCUUGGGGCGAAGAUGCUCUGAAUCUGGCCCAGCCACCCAUGGGCGGGGCUUCGCAGAUGCGCGUGGCUCUGAGAUCGAUGCUUGCAGCGAGCGGUCUGAACUGGGAUUCGAAGCUGGGGGACGAACUUGUGGAGUCCGUUUCGCAACAGCCCUCGACUCCCCAGAUGCAUGAGGAUACAUCAGAAACUGCGAGGAGACUCCACGAUGCCGUCAAGCUCCUGGGAAUUUCGGUAUCAUUUCCCCCCUCUUUUCCAGAUGACGCGUCGGAUGCUGACAUUGCAGCCGUGCACACAGAUGCAAUUGGGCAGAUGGUGCAGCGGAAGCUACGAGUGCUUGGGUUUGAGAAGUUGGCAGAGGCAGCCGCUCGCAGCUCAAAAGCGGAUGUGCCUCAGCCACCGUCAGCUCAUCUUUGCAAAGGUAUGGCCCUGAACGUUGCAGAUCCCUUCCAAGCUGCUUUUAGCUAA